AUGUCAAAUCCUGAGCGUGACCAGCAGUUCAUGCAAGAACUUCAACGACUUCACGAGGAAGCCCGGCAGCGAGUGGCCCGCGAGCAAGAGGUCGCUCAGCAGCAGGUCGCUCAGCAGCAGGUCGCUCGGCAGCAGGCCGCUCAGCAGCAGGCCGCUCAGCAGCAAGCCGCUCGCGAGCGCGAGGCCGCCCGGCAGCGAAGCGAGAGCCACGAUGGCACAAAUGGAGCCUGCCCGGAGGCCACCACCCGAUGCGUCCUGAAGCGGCGCGAGAGCGCGACCUACACAGGCAAGCUCCCACGCCUCUUUGUCCUCUGCUGGUACUACAAGCCAUGGAAGGAUGCACAGAACUCCCUGGUUGACGUCAAGGAGGAUGAUCGAGGCGACAAUGCGUGGGGCCUCACCUACGAGGGCUACAGGCCCAAGGCCUCGGGCGACAAGGCUCUUACCGCCUUUGCACAGCUGGCUGCUCUGCGCCUUGGUGUCCGGCGCUCUAUGAUCUCUCUGAUUGACAGCACCCAGCAGUACAUCCUUACAGAGGCCACGCGAACACUAUCGCUGCUAUCUGACCAUCGGCACAUGCCCGGCGAUGAGGUGUGGCUAGGAAACACCAUCAUCAGGAGGGGCGAUGCAGUAUGUCACCACAGCUUCAAGUCAAAGUACACGGCCACGGACGACGAUGGCCGUACAUACACGGCUGAGGCGCUCGUCGUGCCUGACAUGCGCCUGGACGACCGCUUCAAGGACCGGGAGUACGUUGUUCGGAAGCCUGGAGUGCUCUUCUACGCCGGAGUCCCGAUCAAGACGAAAGCUGGUCACAGGAUUGGGGUUUAUGCCGUGUCGCAUGAGGAGCCGCGGUCCGGGCUGAGCGUUGAUGAGCUGAUCUUCAUGGAGGACGUCGCCGCCACGAUUAUGGAGCAUCUGGAGCUCGCAAAAGACCGCGAUGCACUCAUGAACGGGUCGAGGAUGGUGAGGGGACUCGCUGACUUCAUCGAGGGUAUCCCGAUCGGCGGGGACGAACCAGAAGUUGUCAACACUUCGACGUCGACCAUGCCCAUUAACACCUCGCUGGAAGACCAGAAGGCCUCGCCUGUCAUUUCUGCGGUCAUGCGCAAGCAGACACAGAACGCCAAGAAGAUGCUGGACGACCUGGACGAACUUACUGUCUCCGGUGCCAAAGACGAGAAGGACAAGCCCGCGGAGCCGUCAUCACCGAAAGAAUCUGCCAAGGCAUCGAGCAAGAGUAGCGGCGAUGACGACCCCAAAAGGAUCCUGCAGCGAGCUACUCACAUCAUACGGAAGUCCACGGGCGCUGAUGGCGUGAUUUUCUUCAACACCUCAUCCAGGACCUUUCAAGGCCUAGGACGACUACCUACGGACCAUGCCGAUGCCUCCUCCGGCAUCACAUCAGGCAGCGACCGGCAGAGCGACUCGACGCUUCCUCGACGACCACGAAACCGCCGGAUGGAUUCAGGGGAGUCAGUGGACGACCUACGCGGGAAACGGCGGUACCCGACGUGCGAGGUUAUGGGGCUGUCGGUCUCUCAGCAUGAGCAGUAUGGAAGGCUGGAAGCCAAGGACUUCCAGUUCCCAGAGGACAACGUGGAGCGGUACCUCAAGAAUUUUCCACACGGGAAGUUCUUCAGCUUCACAGACACCGGCAGCGGGAUCAGCUCAGGCGACGAGCUAUCCGCGGAGGACAAGCCUCAACCGGCCACGGUUGACCCCAGCGUGGAUUCUGCAGCGACGCGCACUGAGAAGUCGGGGCGCAACAAGAAGGAGCGGUUCAUCCCCAGCGAGUUGCUCAAGGUACUCCCAGGUAUCAGAUCACUCAUCUUUUUGCCGCUGUGGGACUUCACGGAGGGGAAAUACCUGGCGGGCGGCUUUAUAUGGACGUCCACAGCUGGCCGCCUGAUGAAUCCCGACAACGAGCUCCCGUACCUCAAGGCUUUUGGCAACAGCAUAAUGAGUGAGAUAUCUAGAGCAAAGGCGCAGAAGAGCGACCUGGCCAAAACGACCUUCAUCGCUUCGAUCAGCCAUGAGCUUAGAUCUCCGUUACAUGGUAUUCUUGGGUCCGUGGAAUUCCUGCACGAAACUGCAGUGUCAGCAUACCAAGCAGGACUAUUCACCUCGAUCGAGACAUGCGGAAGGACGCUCUUGGACACGAUAGAUCACGUCCUCGACUACGCAAAGAUCAACAAGCUCCGCAAGGGCAACUCCACGAGAAAACGAGGCCACUACUCCAAGUCGGGUCACAGGCGGGAAACGGUGGGGAGCAUCGUCGGUCUGACGGCAGACUUCGACCUGGCCGCGUUGGUGGAGGAGGUGGUGGAUGCCGUGACGGCGGGACACGCCUUCAGGAGGACGCACCACGGCACAAUACACGACCACCAGGCAUCCGGGGGAGGGCUGGCGAUUGCAUCAAAUGCCGAUGGUUCACUUGGAGUCCAGAGCCCUGCGCUUCCCGAGAUCGACCCGGUUGUUAUCCUCGACAUCAAGCCACGGCCCAGCUGGUUCGUGCGCACGCAGCCUGGCGCGCUCCGCCGGAUCGUGAUGAACCUGCUGGGGAACGCGCUGAAGUACACGGAUGCGGGCUUCGUUGGAGUAUCACUUCAGAUUGAGUCCGAGACUGAGACCAGUGCCAGGGCACGGCUGCGCUUCGUCGACUCCGGAAAGGGGAUGUCUGUCGAAUUCCAGAGGACACGGCUCUUCUCCCCUUUCUCCCAGGAGGACCCCUUUGCGUCGGGGACGGGGCUGGGUCUCAGCAUCGUCCGCCAGAUCGUGGAUGCCCUCGACGGGACCAUCUCCGUGAGCAGCACGCAAAACCUCGGGACCGAGGUCGACGUGGUGUUGACGCUGCCGACGGUCGAGAAAGUACCGGAUCAUGACCCCUUCGACACAGACUUUGCGAGAGACGCACGGAUGUGCAUCAUCGACCCCUGCGACCUCGCGUCGGAAGCUGGCAUCGAGCUGCGCGACUUUGACUACAGCGGGCUGGACCACCUGGAAGACACCCUGCGGAGCAACUCUGAGGAGUGGUUCGGCAUGCAGAUCGAGAAGCGCACGCAGGAGAGCCUGGGCUCGCGCGAGGGUGCCUCCGACGCCCCGGCGUGCGACUACAUGCUCUUCCCCCUGCCGCCAACAUCAACAGACGCGCUCCUCAAGUGGCACAGCAACCAAGAAGCCUCGACGGGCCCGGCCCACGUCAUCGUCCUGUGCAGCAACACGGCACAGGCGUCCGAGUUCCGCGCCAACAUCGCAGGCCCGCUGCUCGAAAAAGGCAUCCAAGCUGUCCCGGUCACGCAGCCCCUCGGGCCCCGAAAGUUCGCAAGCGUCAUGCACAAGUUCGGCAAGGAGCAGAAGCAGGCCCUGGACAUAAACCUCGCGGUCGCGGAGCAGAAGCAGCGCAUCGUGAUCGGGCGGCAGGACUCGGACCCGGAGGCCAUCCGGCGCGAGAGGGACAUGCUGCUCGAGGCCGCCAAGGCACGGGUCGCCGAGGACGCCAAGACCGCAGCGAGAGCCUCACCCGAGGCUCUGCCUGCAAACGGAACCCAGCUUCCUGGGCGUCCUGGACCGGGAGUGUUGGUGGGCGGCGAAGGCGGCGAGGCCGACGGCGGCAACGAGGCCCCCUCCGAGUCUCCUGCGCGGGCUGAGUCGGCCGCGAGGACACAGAACAUGACGCUCUCACGCAGCAGGGCGGCCUCGGCGUCGCGGUCGAUCUCGGCGCCGCCGGACAGGAUCCCGAUGCAACAGAACGGGAUGACCAAUGGAGCGGACCCGGCGGCGGCACCCGCCGGCCGGCCCCACGUCCUCCUCGUCGACGACAACGACAUCAACCUCCAGCUGCUGGUCAUGUUCAUGAAGAAGCAGAACCUGAGCUACGCGACGGCGAGCAACGGCCUGGUAGCGCUGGGGAAGUACGAGGCCGCCUGCGGGACUGCACCGGCGUCGCCCCCUUCGCCCCCAUCGUCGGGCGGCACCACCCCGACGCCCAGGCACCCGAACGGCGCCCUCCUGGCCGCCGGCCGCCAGCCCUUCACGCACAUCCUGAUGGACCUCUCCAUGCCGGUCAUGGACGGCCUCACCUCGACGCGGAGGAUCCGCGCCCUCGAGGUCGAGAGGGGCGUCAAGCCGGCCGCGACGAUCAUCGCGCUGACGGGGCUGGCGAGCGCCGAGGCGCAGGACGACGCGCUGCUCGCGGGGAUCAACAAGUUCCUUGUCAAGCCGGUCAAGUUUGGGGAGCUGAAGGGGUUGCUGAAGGGGGUUGGCAAGUAG